GCAGUGGCGGUGGUUGAGCUGCACGCCUCGGAGCGGAAGUACGAGCGGCGCCUCUCACUGCUGCACUCGUCCUUCUACGCGCCGCUCGCCGCCGCCGGUGCGGCGUGCGCGCAGGUACUGCUCGCAAUGGUUCCGGCUUUCGGCGUCUACCGGCAGUACGUGGGCGGCAGGAGCGCCUCGGCCGCGGCGCUGCAGGCCCUGCGGCAGGAGGGGGGUCCUACGGCCUCCCUCCUCGAGGAGCUCGAGCGGGUCGGCUCGGCGGAGCUGGCCGGCGGCACUUUGCCCGCGAGAGCGGUCGUUGCCGAAGGCGGCAGGGCAGCCGCGGCUCUCCUCGGUACGCUGCUUGACGAGCCGCUGCGGCGCAUCUCCUGCUACGCAGCGAGCAUGCGGGCGCUGCUCGAGGCGUCGUGCGAGGCGUGCCCACCGGGCGAGGAGGCCUCCGCUGCAGCAGACGAGUGCGGCGAGCUGGUCUCGCACCUCGAGGCUUUGCUCGACGAGCAACGCGCGCGCGACCGCGUCUCGCACCUCGCGCGCGAGCUGCCCCCCACGUCGCUCCGCGCGGCUCUCCCCGAGGGGCUGGCGUUGCCGCACCGUCGUUUUCUGCGCGAGGGCGAGUUGCGGCAGUCCGAAGCUUCGGCCGAGGGCGCCGCAUGGCAGAGGCGGCGCGCGCACCUCUUCAACGACAUCUUGCUGCUGGUGGAGGGCGGCGAGGCGCCCCGCGAGGCCUUGGGGGGCGAGGGCGGCGUCGCCAGCGUGGAGUGCAUCGGGUUGGCCAAGGCGCGCGGCGGGGCCGACGGGUGCGGCAGGUGGGCGGAGGACGAGCGUGCUGCAUGGGUCGAGUCGAUCAAGCGGCAGAUCCGGUUCUUGCUGGCCGCCUUCAAGCAGCGCGGCAAGUCGAUCGCCUUUCUGCCGCAGCAGGUCGAGAAGCUCCGCGCGGAGCUGGGUGCGCUGCACACGGCGCGCCGCCGCGCAGAGGCGGAGGUGCUGCUCCUUACGAGCGAGGUGUGCGCCCUCGACAGCCAAUUGCAGGCCGCGCGAGGCCGCCCGCCCUCCCGCUCGCGCGUGCAACCACUUCUCACGGAGCACCUGAGUGGACAGGCCGACCGGCGCGACCUCUCCCGCGCCUCGUUCCGCACGCGUCGACUCUCUGUCGUGGCGGCGCCGGGUGGCGCGAAUGGGCCGUCGGCGGCGCAGGUCUCCACGCUGCGCCGGCGCGUCCGCCGCGGGUCGGACGAGCGCGCCCAGCUGCAGUGCGUGGCGGACGGGCGCAAGACGGAGGGCGACCUGAACGACGACUCGCUGAUGAAGGAGAUGCUCUUUAGCUCCUCGUAG